AUGUCAUUAAUGACAGCUGAUAAGACGUCUUGGUGUUGUUUGCCUGCGGAGAUCCGUAUUCUGGUCCUGCAAGCCUUACUGCAGGAUGACUGUAGCUUGGCUGGCUUCGCUACAGUGUCUCGAGAGUGGCAGAUGAUUAUUGAGCAGCACAAUUUCGCCCAAAUCAACAUCACGUUGUCACGCCUCGCUGACUUUGGUUCAAUUAUUCACCGUAAUCGGGCUCUUGUACGCUACAUAUGGCUUUGCUUGGAACUCGAGGAAUAUGAUUGCACCCGGUGUGCGCUUCAAUAUCCAGAGAUUAUGGGGAUUAGCAACACAGACAAUACCCUAAUUACCACAGCACUCCAGGACCUGUUCUCAACCCUCAACACAUGGGAGCCAAAUGGCAACUUGCUGCUUGAUAUUAGUGUCCACUCCCCCAGUGACUCGGAGCACUGGUUCAAAUAUCUGACCUUUGGGCCAGAUAUCCCCUCUGAUAAGUGUGAUCUAAAUGUAUCCAUAGAGCAGUCAAUGCUGGUCAAACUGGAUGACCACCAGCAUGGUUGGAUUGCUGGAAGUCAAUAUUCCCCUCCACCCAGGGCUGGUAUCGACAAAGUUUUUGAGGAAAUCAUGGGUGAAGGCCAUUUGAUGAUGACGAUCAGGAAAACCAGUGGUGGCAGCAACUGCCACUAG